CCUUCCCAUCCCCUUCUCUCUCCUCAUCCUUUCUCUUUGCAUUGGCUUCUCGUACCUUGUCUUUCUCUGCUUCCUAGUAACUCUCUCUCUCUAAUGGCGGAGACACAAUCAAAGCGCCUCAGAGAUGACGCUCAAAUAGAAGAUGUCGUUGUUGAUGAAAUUAAUAAGCGCCACAAGUCAUAUAACCACAUACUCUCUCUUCUUGAUGAAGAAGAAGAUGAGCCACCCCAAGAUAUCUCUUCUUUCAUCACUACCCUUCAGCAAGAACUCUCCCCUGCUUCUACCUUUGACGACCCCUUUUCUUGUUCAACCACAGCAAUUGACCAAGAAAACCCUACUACCGCCGUAACAACCACCGUAGAUGGCUACCUAUCUUCAUCUUCGUCUUCUUCUACCUUCUUGAAGGAGGGUGAGGAAGAUGAUAAGGAAAGAGUUAUAAGGCACCUUCUUGAAGCAUCUGAUGACGAGCUUGGGAUUCCAAACACCCAAGCUGUUAGUGGUGUUGGAGAUGGCUAUGCAGAAGAUCUUGUUAAUAGUGGAAAUGGGUUCAAUGGGUUAGAUGGAUUCUCCCUCUGCGAUGGCUUGUGGGAGCUCGAAGACGCUAACGCUAACUACUAUGCCUUGGUGCAAUCUGAACUCUUCCUGUAGCUAGCCGGAGGGCUAGGGGGGCGUAGAAGGAAAAACAAAAGAAAUAGUAAGGGUUCAAAAGAGUAAAACAAAAAGUGGGUGGGAGAAAAUAUAAAAUGGAAACUAUUUCGGGGUUUUCAUUUUUGCCUUCUUUUUUUUCCUUUUUGUGAAAAUUAUCUUAGUUCCCCCUUGGCCCAUCUCUAAUUUCUAAUUUAAAAAGAUUAAAAUGUGGAAAACAAAAAUAUUAAUCACUA